AUGAACAAGAAAGAAAUUCAAGAAAAACUGUUAAACUCUUAUAAAUACAGAGAUUAUGAAACAUCAAUAUUUCUAGCAACCCAUUUAUAUUCAUCAGAAGCAACAGAUUCAAUAAAAUUGUUGUUAGGUGUGCUGUAUUAUGAGAAAAAAGAUUACAAACGUUCAAUAACUUUUUUAAAAAAUUUAAACACAAUAACAGCACUGUUUUAUACAACACUUGAUUAUUAUGAAUUAAAAAGAUAUAAGGAAGGAUUAACAACAAUAUUGAAAUUAGAUGAUUCCAUAAUUAAUGAUGAUGUUGAAAACAAUCAAAUAGGAACUUUUUUAAAGAAUAAUAUUCUAUUAGAUUAUAAUAUUAGUCAUAUUGAGAAUUUAAAAGCUAAAAUAUAUAAAGCAUUAGGUGAUCUAUCUAAUUUUAUUACAAGUUGUAAGUUAUCAAUGACUUCGGAGAUACUUUAUGAGCCAGUUAAUAAUCUUUUUAAUGAAAAAGAAUUAAAAGUAAAUGGAACAUCAAUAAUAGAAUGUUUUUAUAGUGAUUUAAUGUUAAAAUCAGAUGAUAAGAAAUAUAUUGAUCAUUAUAAGAAAUGUGUACCUGGAAAGGGUAGUUAUGCUUUAAGUAAAAUAGCGGUAGAAAAUGAAGAUUAUCACUUAUUUUCAUUUCUUAGAUUGUAUGAUGAGUCCUUUAUAGAAGGAGUAGAAGAUUAUUCAACGAUCUUAUUUAGAAAGAAAAAAAAGAUUGAACUUGUUAACUUAGCACUUUAUUUAACAAAAUGGUAUCCAAAUGAUCAUAGAACGUGGAUGGUGAUAGGAAAUUAUUACAGUUUAAUAGAGAGUGAUUUAGCAGUGAAAUGUUUAAUGAAAAGUAAAGACAUCAAUGAAACAUACCAAGUUUAUUCAUUAUUAGGAUUUGAAGCUGCUUCUAGAUGUCAAUACAGAUUAGCAGAAUCUUUUUAUAAUUCUUCAUUAAAAUUAAGAAAAAACAACCACAAAGCAUUAUUUGGUCUUGGAAUAACUUUAGAUGAGAGAUUUCAAUAUAAGAAUGCAUUGAUGUAUUUUAUGAAAGCAUUGGAGUUAAAUGAAACAGAUAAAGAGAUGCAAGUGUAUUUUUUGAGGUUUCUUAUUAAACAUAAGAAGUAUGAGAAAGGAUUGAAUUAUUUUAUUUCUAAGUUUAAUUUUGAGAACAAUAUUGAUUUAAUUAUUGAUCGAUUGUUAAAUUCAAUUGGUUAUAAUGAAACUGAAGAGUUAAUGAUUUUAGAAUUUAUAGAAAUAAUUUAUAACAUUCAUACAGAAUCAAAGGAUAAGAUAAGUUUGGUUGUUAAACUUUUAGAUAACAUAAAAAUAAGAUCUUCAAGUUAUUAUAAGAAGAGAGCUCUUUUAGAGUUAAAUAAAUAA